CCUUCCUCCCUGUCAUUUUAUUUUACACAAGUCAAACAAUAGGAAUAGGGUGUAACGAUUUUGUUACUACGAUUCAUGAAUGAAAGAUUGAAAUAAAUUAAUAAAAGUGACUACUAAUUAGUAAAGAUGAAUACUCUCGACAAGCAGUUAGCGGAUCUAAGGAUCUAUGCGAAUGAAUUGGAUGCCAAAUUACAAGACGAUAUAAAUGCAGCAAAGAUGAAACCAUCCAUCCCACCGAAGAAAACCAAGCCUCCGCUACCGCAAAUACCCCAAAGUUAUUCUGUAAAAUCAGCCUGUGAGCCAUCGUACUCUUCAAGACUUGAAUACGGAAGCCGAACUAGUUCCACAUAUUCGAAUUUGGUGCCAGUAAAGAGUUUUAUCGUUAGGAACAAUACAGCAAGAGCGCGGAGUGGAGAUGUGUUCUUGUACAGCAACUUACUGCCACCAGGAGGCACCAACCACGUGUAUUCUAAUAUUCCGAUGCAACGCAACGCCGCUGAAAGUAUCUACGGCGGUGGCGGUGGAGAUACAAGAUCAGAAGUAUCUAGAAUGAGUGAUUUGGGUGCCCAAUCAAACUACAGUGAGUUGCGACGACCCGGCUCCGCUUAUCCGCCUUCCUCGGCGUCUGUCAACGCUCAAGACUUCUCCACGUAUGGUGGCUCUCAAACGUCUUCAACUUAUGAAUCCUUGUAUGAACCCAUCAACCCUAGGCCUUGUAGUCAGCUUUCAGGAACAUCCUUGUAUGGUGGCUACGUGGGGACAACAACAGAGCCAACUCCUGAACCCGAUGAGGAGCUAUACUGCGGGAACUGCUACAGAUGUGGGGAAAAGAUCAUGGGUGAAACCACUGGGUGUACUGCUAUGGAGAGAAUUUACCAUAUUAAAUGUUUCUGUUGCCAGCAGUGUGGUAUAAACUUGCAGGGGCGUCCAUUCUAUGCAGUGCAGGGUCGUGCCCUUUGUGAGAGAGAUUAUCUUGACACACUUGAAAAGUGCUGCGUCUGCGGAGAUCCUAUCCUGGACCGCAUACUGAGGGCCACUGGCAAGCCAUAUCACCCCCGAUGCUUUACUUGUGUUGUAUGCCAAAAGAGCCUAGAUGGCAUACCAUUUACUGUGGAUGCUGUGAACCGUAUUCAUUGUAUUGAAGACUUCCAUAAAAGAUACGCGCCUCGCUGCGCUCGGUGUCGGGAGCCGAUCGUGCCCGAAGGCGGCGCCGAGGAGACCGUUCGGAUCGUGGCGCUAGACAAGAGCUUCCACAUCGCGUGCUACGCCUGCGAGGACUGCGGCGCAUCGCUGUGCUCGCGGCAGGAGGGCCGCGGCUGCUAUCCCCUCGACAACCACUUGUACUGCAAGGAGUGCAACGCGCGCCGCAUACAGGACCUCUCGAGGAACAUCAACUGAACACUAUCCGGGCCUUUUCAGGGCGAGAGUGAGUAGGCACUAAGAGCGCUUUCACAUUCAGGCGAUUUAGCAGCGCGUCUGUCGCGCGUUUGUCGCGCUGCCGAAAAUUUCAUACUAUGUGAUAACGGAUGCAUGCCUUCACAUUAUAAAAACGCCACUGCCGCGCUUCUAACGCCCUAAUAUGAAAGCGCUCUUAGACGACUUUAGCAGCGCAAGAGACACGCUGACGAUAUUUUCAUACUACUUAUAUGCCGCGCUGCUGUCGCGCUUCUUACCCUAAUGUGAAGGCGGCCUUACAGGGCAGAUAAUAUGUACCAUCUUAGACUGCAUCUCACUUAACAUCGUGUGCGAUUGCAGUCAAAUACCUGCCUUGUCUCACAUUAAAAAAAAACAAAUGCCCUCGUUCGUAACAACAGCCCCUUAACACUGGUUCAGGAUACUCCUCACAGCAAAACGACAUUUGAUAAUGUAUAGAUCGUUCAUCCACGAAGACGCGCCCCACCAAUUUUUGGUCGAGGAAAGCGCGGGGUGCGAGGAGUUUGAUCCGAGCGUUAU